AUGGAAGCAGAUGAAAUCUUUCAGGUUGAAAAACGGUUUGAGUCACCCCUUACUGUAACUCGUGUGGAACGACUGUGCCUACCCUCAACUAUAACUACGUAUGAGCAAAUAUAUGAUGACGAGAAUGAGGGAACUGGGGAGGAAGACGAAGAAGUGGAAGAUUUUGAAGACGGAGAUGAUGAAAACGAGUUGUUUUAUUCAGAAGAAGAAUUUGAAGACGAAGAUGAUGGGGACGGAUGUUUGGGUUUAGGAAAAUCCACAGCAUAUGUAUUAGUCUCUAUUGGGAGAAUAUGGAUCAUUUGUGGCCCUGGUUCAAUGACCAUGUACAAGUGGCAUUCACAAGAGAAUGGAAACAUAUUUAAUGCCUUCAAGUGUGUACUCAAGGAUAGAUACAGAGAUCGGAUGAAGCGUAACAGGAUUAAAUCUGGCGACAUGGCACAAAAUGAUGAGAAACCCAUCCCCCCAGAUCAUAGUACCUACUUCGAAGGGAUGCAUAACUACCGCCCCAAGCGCGUACCGGAGAAUGUGUGGCUACGUUUGUGUGAUCACUGGUCCACAGAUAAGUGGAGAAAUAAUUCAAAAAUUGCUCAGCAGAACCGUAAGACCGCAGAUGCUAAUGGGUCGACAACAAGGCACACUACGGGUAGUAUAGGAUUUCACGAGCACUGUAACAACUUAGAAAAGUUAAAGGGUAAACCACCCACACAAUAUGAUGUUUUCAUGAAGACGCAUGGCACAACUGAGUCGAAAAAAAAUAUAUUUACAGGAGAUCAUGAAAAUCUCGAAUAUUGCUCACAAGCUGCCAAAAAAGCACAUGUUGAUAGGUUGCGUGCACAAGUUUCUACUAUGGAACAACAACAACAACAAAUGAAAGAACAGAUGGAAAUGGUUAUAAGGAUGAUGAAUAUGUCUGGACAUCAACCCCAUGCUCCCCCCGAUAAUCCACCUGAGGACAAUUGA